CCCGCUCACACUUACGAAGUAUUAACUCGUUUUUACAUAUUAAAAUAACCUCUGGUUGAUACGCUGCGGAGGCAGCUUUUCGCCUUGUUUGCACGUGGACGGGUUGCCGUAGUUUGUGUUGACCUCGUUGCCACGGUUACGACGUCGAAUCCGUGAAGCGACACAGGGAGUAAAAUGCCAAAGCAAAAAGACACUUGAACCCGGGACCCCCCAACUGAACAAUGGUCUAUAUGUACACUAGCUAGCUAAACAUCUCAGCACCACCUCUACAAUGUCUUCCCCAGAGAAGGAGGAACAUGUUCCUGACCUGCAGCUAAGUUUUGUCUUUGGGAACAGUGUUGUCAAACGACAGACUCCAGGCAUUCUGCCCAAGGAUGCAGAGACACAGGAGCAACCUGAAUAUGACUUAACCGAGACAUUAUGUCUGAGCAGAACUCAGCUGAAACACGUUGCAGACAGUAUUUUGAAAAAUAGCACACUAAAGUAUUUAUAUCUCGAAGGCAACCACAUAUCCAGUAUCCCAGAUUCAAUGUUCAUCAGCUUGCCCAACCUCCUGUGGCUGGACCUCAGAAAUAACCAAAUUGCAUCGCUCCCUGCUGAAGUUGGCUUGCACAGAUCUCUGAAAACAAUACUUCUGGAAGGAAACCCCAUUUCAGAACUUCCACCAGAGUUGGGAAAUGUGAUUACCCUCAAAGGCCUGAACCUAAGGAAUUGCCCCAUCAGUUUCCCUCCACAAGACAUUGUGAACCAGGGGCUCCAGAGGAUCCUCCAGUACCUCAGGAGUGCGAUGGCUAGUCGGCCCGUUAGCAUGACAAGGAGCCCCUCAGAGUUGCCAGUGGUGGAGAAGCUCCAGCUGUCAGAGCUGAUGGGGUCCAGUACGGAGGAGCAGGAUGAUUCAGGGGACGAGCUGCAGAAAUUCAUGGAGAUCAAACACAAGAUGUUCCUACUGGACAAAGCUGAGCUGGGCUCAACAGCACAGGGUGAUAGAACCCCAAAGUCACACAGUCUUUCUGUUAUCCAAAAAAAAAAGGCAACUACCAAGGCUGGCAUAAUUCCCGAGCCCCCCCUGUUUGACACUCGGCAUUGGAAGAGGCCAGAAGACAGGAAACAGGCUGCAAUGAAAGAGCUGAAGGAGAAACAGGCUAUUCUCGAGCAGAGAAAAAAAAGCCAAGACACUCUUCGGAAGUGGCGUACACAAGCCAUGACCACACGGGGGAAGAACAUGUCUCAACACCAGCAGAGGAAGCAUGCACAACAAAGAAACCAAGAGGAAGCGGACACAAAUUCAAAAGCUGGUGUGGAGGACAGCGGUGAUACUCACCAGGGUCAAACGUCCUGCGUGUCUAUCACAGAUUGUGAGGAGACCAGGUCAGCCCGUGAGCUGGAGCGCCAGAUACGUUCACGUGUCGAGAAGAUGCAAGAGAGACGCAGGAAUCCCAGGGGCACGAGCACAGAGCAGAUGGCAGCGUCAGAGCAAGAUGUGGAGGAGAUGAGGAAGCUACAGGCUCGGCUUCUAGAGAGGAAGAUUAAUCGAGGAAGAGAUCGUGAAAAUAGUUUCAAUAUCUUCACAGCAGACACCUGGCCGAGUUUCAUUGACAAGUAACAGGAAUUACAAUGUCUGUUUGAGUUCUGUGGUAUUACAUUCAUACUCAAAAUUCUUGUAAAGGCCUUUAUGAAUGACCAUUGUAAUGCUCAUAUCAUAAAAUAAAAACCACAGUGCUGUUACUGGGCAA